UCGAACAAGUACUAACUCAAAAGUCUGACAUCUGUCGGUCGCCGAGAAUAACGUGUGACCAACUAUUUCCAAGUAAAACCACUAGAUAACGCUAGUGAGCGUCUUGAUUUUGUUUUUUAUGUUCUCUCUCUGGACUCUUUCAUGUUGUCAUUUUGUUUGAAAUUGUUUAAAAUGUCAUGUGAUCAUAGUUUAGGUUAUGUACAUACGCGGUUUACGAUUGAUUGAACUACGAAUAAUAAAUAUUUUGAGAAAUUUAAUGUUUUUUUAAUGAUCAUAAAAUAUCAGUUCGAUACUCAGUAACUGAUGCACUAUUCUACCAUUAUAUGUAUCAAAUGUCAGUCACAUUAUACAUAUAAAUUGUCAAUAUUAAAUAUUUCAAUUUAUUUUCGAUUAAUGAUGAAUAUUGACUAAGUAAUGAUUGACGUUCCUGAGCAGGUGCGCAAGUUUGCAAGUAACUUUAUAAAACUGAAGAAUAAAAAUCUAAUGAGUUAUUUAUUUAUACUAGAGAAACACACUUUAAAGACAAUAACUUACAACAGUAUUUGAAAAUUGAUUUUAAAAUCUUAUUACAAUAACCCCUAAAAGGAGUGUUAGAGAAAAACAAGUUUAAAAUGUGGAAAACCUUUGGAUUAUUAAUUUUUAUUUUUUAUAUUAAUAUACUAAAUGUGAAAGGUGACGAGUGUGGAAUUAGUGUAGUAUUAACUCGCCAUGUAGGAAAUGAAGGGUUCCAUAGGGAAUUACACUCAUCAGUGGAGAUAACUACCAAUCAAUCAUUUUUUUCUGAUUGUGUGAUAAUUCAAAGAGAAUUAAUGCCAUCAGGAUUAUAUGUUAAUCCUGAUGAACUUGCUGAUUUGCAACGUACUGGCCAGGUUUCAGGAUGUGUGAGUUCAGAAGUAGACACAGAAGCUGCCAAGGAAACAGCCCAGUCUCAUGAAGUGUUUAUCUACUACACCUUAAAGCAGUUAGGUAGCAAACUCACAGGCAACUUUGUAUUGCCAUUUCACCUAAGGUAUCAUAAGCCUCUGCCCAUGGGGGGUGAAGAGGAAGUUGUUUUAGAAGCACCAGCCAUUCUCUUGAAAUGCAACCCAAUACCUAGUUGCUUGAAGAGUAAGCAGAACAUGCUAGCUCCGUGCAUUCCAUGCAGCCCAGAAAAGUGCAAGUGGACAAACAUUUCAUACAACACUGAAAUAACAUCAAUCAUUCUUAAAGUACCUGUAGGAAGCUUGCAUCAAUACUCAACCGUUCUGGUGUGCACAAUGAUCACUACUACAGCAGGAUCUCUAUAUAUUAUUAAGCUGUUACUUAAAUAUCACUGGUCAUGAGAUGAAGGAAAAAUCUUGGGGUAGAUUGUGACUAGUCAGCGAGAACUCAGUUGCCCAAGAGUUGCAAUCUUUAAUUUUUUGUCUCUGUUUUGAACCCACCUAUUUGCAUUUGCCCAUAUUUGACAUUCCAUUGAAGAUGCAGUAGCAACAACUGAGUUUUCGCAGAACUAGAAAUAAUUUUCAUGUAGAUAUUGAAAUAAAUAUUUGAGAAUUUCAUACUUAAAUGUUUUAUUAAUAACACACUGACAUGACAUGUACCAAGAGCAUUUUUUGUUUUAAAAAGCAAAUACAGUAAUUAAAAUGGUACAAGAAAUAAUUUAAUUUCUGACCAAUUAAUCUUUCCUCAACUGGAAUGAUUCAUCUUUAAUACCAUCUUUUGUAAUGAUCUUAAUCAAAAUACUAUCACCAGUGUAGAUAUCUCGUUCAGCUGCAGAAAUAAACCCAUCCUUCAAAAUUGCUAAUGCUUUCUCCACUGGGACAGGAGAAACAGUCACCUUCUCCAUGUUGUGGAAUCCAAUCUGGUUAUCAAGUAAAGGCUGCAGCAAAGCUCCUGCACUUCCUCCAGCUCUGAAGUAAGACUUCUCACAAUGUCCAAUUGGAUCAUAACUGUAUACACAGCCCUUUCCUUCACCAUCCAAGCCAGCCAAAAUAUUGGAAACAUAAUAAGGGAAAAAUCGCUUAUAAUAUAACAUAGUGGACAACAUUUGUGCAACUGCAGGUGUUUCCAUAAGCUUCUGAUGUUCAUGGUAAUACAUUUGCAUUCUGGCAUCCAAUACUCGUGUCAGUGUCAGUGUGUCACACCAGCAGCCAGAACAACCAAGAAUUGUUUUUUCUGAAAGUUGAAAUAAUUUCGACUGCUCUCGGGUAUAAAUAGAAAAUCCUGAACUCAAACGGGUAUCUGCAGCUAUAAUAGCGUAAUCUUCUCCUGCUAUAGCCACAACACUACCUCCGUUGUCUGCAUAAGGCGAGAAAUGCUGCCUCUGACUGCCCGAUUCCAUGUAAGAAAACUUGUUAAAAGGAUCCACAACAGACGACAUUGUGAGAAUUCUGGUACUUUUCCUUUCCAGUAACGCAACGGAUCUUUCACCAAAUUAUUUUUCGAACAGUUAACAGUUCAAAUGCACAAUUCACUAGCUACACUCACGAAUGAAUUGCAAUUUCAUACUCUUCUGUUCCAUGAACAAGCUAUCAACUGGAUCACAGAAUAAUUAUAUAUGCUUAGAACUUCCUGCUUUCAACACUCCAAGGAGUUGUUUAUUCACCAAUUUCAGUGUUGACAACAUAUUCAGAUCAAACUCACUAAAAACUACUCUUCGCUUUGCUCUGCCCAAAACGCGUGGCCCUGUUGAAUGGAAUGUGAUAGGAAUUAAUGGAAUCUUGGAUAUGCUCGCAUCUGGCAUUGUGCAUGUCACGUAACGUGCUGUACGCAGAUGCGAAUUUGGUUUUACUUCUAAUUCGUGAGAUCCUACUUACUGCAUUUUUUCAAUUUUAUAUAAAAGUAUUGUUGAGUAACAAGCAGUUUUCGAGAUGUCUUCGCAUUUUAGUAGUGUCUUGCAGCUAACAGAUUUGGAUGAUUUUAUUACGCCUUCACAGGAGUGCAUUAAACCCGUGAAAAUAGAAAAAACCCAAGUUGGAACUGGCGCAAAGAUAAAAAUUCAAGAAGACGGUGGAUAUGUCCAAGUUGAAGAGGGAGGUAGGGAAAGACAGCUAAAAAAGGUAGAAAUUUCUCUGGCAGACUGUCUAGCGUGCAGUGGUUGCAUUACAUCAGCUGAAUCUGUUCUUAUUUCUCAACAAAGUCAAACUGAACUUACUCGAAUAUUUCAAGAAACAAAAUCUUUGCAUGAGGCAGGCCAAGGAGACCAGGCAAAAUUAAUUAUAGUGUCUUUAUCAGUCCAACCUAUUUUGUCUCUUGCUUCAUAUUAUCAACUACCUGUUGACGAAGCAGCACAAAGAUUAACAGGAUAUUUUAAACAGCUUGGAGCUAAUAUGGUUGUAAACAUGAACAUAGCAGAUGAUUUUGCUCUCCUGGAAAAUCAGGUUGAAUUUAUUGAACGUUUUCGGGCUGCUGAAAAUAAAGAAAAUGGAAAAUUACCUAUGCUGACAUCAUCUUGCCCAGGAUGGGUUUGCUAUGCUGAAAAGACACAUGGUCAGUUCAUUUUACCAUACAUUGCAAAAACAAAAUCUCCUCAGCAAAUUAUGGGAUCUCUAAUAAAAACAUAUCUGUCCUCUCAAUUGAAAAGAUCACCUAAUGAUAUUUACCAUGUGACAGUAAUGCCUUGUUAUGAUAAAAAAUUAGAAGCUUCCAGACAAGACUUUUUCAAUGAAAAAUUACAAUCGCAUGAUGUGGAUUGUGUCAUCACAGGAAUUGAAUUACAGAGUAUGCUUGAAUCCAGUGGGCUCAAACUAUCUGAAGUAGACCCAGCAUCAGUUGAUUGGCCCUGGUCUGAAAAAAAACCUUUGGAGAAAGAAAUUUGGGGCCACCGAGGUUCACCUUCUGGAGGAUAUGCAGAUCACGUUUUCUUGCAUGCUGCUAAGGAAUUAAUAGGACAAGACUUAUCUGAUGUGCAUUACCGAACACUGAGAAAUCCAGAUUUUAAGGAAGUGAUACUUGAGAAAGAUGGGAAUGUUGUUCUUAGAUUUGCCAUUGCCAAUGGUUUUCGCAAUAUCCAGAAUUUGGUUCAGAAAAUAAAACGGAAAAAGUGUGAUUAUCACUUUGUUGAAGUUAUGGCAUGUCCUUCAGGGUGUAUUAAUGGUGGAGCACAGUUGCGACCAGAAAAUGCAAGUGCACCAAAGGAGCUUAUAGCUAAGUUAGAAACCAUGUAUGCAGAUCUUCCAGCCCUCAGUCCUGCAGAAAACACCAUGGUAAAGGAGUUGUAUAACCAUUGGCUGGGUGGUUCGACCAGUGACAAAAAGACUGCCAUGCUUCACACAGAUUAUCAUGCAGUUGAGAAAAUGAAUACAGCAUUGAAUAUUAAAUGGUAAAGCAGCUGUAGUGUUGUAAAUAUAUUUGUACAGAUUGCGCUUUUGUUGCAAUAUAAUUUUAUUUAAAUGAUAUGAUGUUUUUAAUAUGUAUUGCAUUGUUUUUAAAUAUAUUACUUUAUCGUGUACGUACGUAUAUACAGAGUGUAUACAUAGUGUAGAGAAUGUUAUGUAAUGCUGUGGAAAAUCAAUUUUGAGAUGUCUACAGAAAUACAUAUUUUGGGGUCCCCUGAUACUGAAAAAGUGUUUCCUUUUGAAAAAGUCUGUCUGUCUGACCAUCUGUGAACACCACAAGCACGUUAACUAUUAGUAGAAUUUUUUCCAAAAUUGAUAUUACCCAGUCAAUCUGGCUUGACUUGAGGCACUGCAAUUUUGAAAAACCUUUCUUCGAAAUUUGGGGGUACUUUACAUGAACUCCCCCAUCCCCAGACAUUUUCAAAAUUUUACCAGAAAUUUUUUU